CAAAUUGUUAAUAUAUAUCAUCUCUACGUGCAAUCAUGGCUUCUCCCAGUCAACCGCGUCAGCAGCACAUUGUCAUUGUUGGGGGUGGCGCAGCAGGCAUGUCCUGUGCUGCUACACUGGCAAAUCACCCCGACAAGUUCAAAGUCACGCUCCUCGAAAAGAACAGCGUCGUAGGAGGCCAAGCGACGUCCAUCCCGCUCGACGAGAGCAAGUUUGGCGCAUCAUGGAUGAAUAAUGGCGUCCAGGGAGGAUCAGAGAUCUUCAAACACACCUUCAACUUCUUCAACCAGCACGCCUCCCCCGCCCGCCCCCUCAACCUCCAAGUCUCCUUCGGCAAAGGCCCCUCGGGCUUCUGGACAAACUGCUUCCCCAGCAAGCUCGUCGCCGCGCACGCCUCGGACAUCAAGCGCUUCGGCCUCUUCCUCAAGGUCAUCAAAUGGACCAUGCCCCUGCUCGGCCUGGCCCCCAUCUCCGUCAUGCUGCGCCUCUUCUUCUUCAGCAAGGACUUUGGCGACAAGAUGGUCUAUCCGCUCAUUGCGCUGUUCCUCGGCACCGGCAACCAGACGGCGAAUGUGCCCGCGGCCAUUGUCGAGCGGCUGUUCAACGAUGCCAACAUGAAGCUGUGGGAUUACGACAAGGAGACGCUGCUGCCGAACCAGCCGACCAUGUACUCGUUUGACUGUCUGCACGACUUUUAUGGCAAAUGGAAGGAUAGUCUUGUUGCAAAGGGCGUUGACAUCAGGACAGACACCGAGGUCCAUCGCGUGCUCUCCCGGUCCAGCAAGGGCGUCGACUUGGCCAUCAAGAACAACAACGCCGACGACACCACAAACGAGCAUUUCGACCACCUCGUCCUGUGUCUUCUCGCAGACGACGCCCUCCGCAUUCUCGCAGACACAGCAACCGGCCGCGAGAAGCGUGUCCUCGGCAGCGCAGCCUUCUACGACGACCUCACCGUCACGCACUCCGACUCGGCCUACUUCAACCGGCAAUACGAAACACGCUUCAAAUCCGAGCUUUGCGCAGAGCCAAAGUCGGAAGAACAGUGCCACCAGAUUGCCGCCGCCAAGGGCGAAUCAGCCUCUUCGUCAUCGUCGUCUUCAAACAGCUCCGAGCAGUUCAACCCCAUGUACUACACUUAUACGUAUCAGCAUGACCCGCGACUGAUUGAAAUGUCCUUCAACUGCAGCAACUACCAGCACCAGUUCAACAAGUCUCGCACUUCGCCAGAAGCCCAGCCCGAGCCAGUCUACCAGACAAUCUUCCUCGACAAGCGGAAACGCAAUCUCUGGACAGUCGACGGCAUUGACGAGAGCAAAAUCAUCAAGCGCAACUGGUGGCAUCAGCUGGGCCACCGCUGGCAGCACUACGUGCGUGUCGUGCCGUGUAUGAUGUUUCUGCAAGGGCGUAACAAUACCUUUUUUGCCGGAUCGUGGACGUUGGUGAAACAAAACUCGGAAUCCUCGACAUCAACUAACACUCACCCAAAACAGAACAUGCACGAAGUCGCCUGCAUCAGCGGCAUCGCAGCCGCCUACCGCCUCGGCGCAGACUACACCAAAUUCGACGACUUUGCCCAAGACUUCUUCGCAAAGUACCUACUGCUUUCUCACGGCAAGUUCUUUUCGCGAGAGGAAAAGAAGAGGAAAAACAAGACGGUUUAAAAAUGGAAAGAAGGAGGGAAAGAAAGAAAAGGUCGCUAUAAUCGCUGAUAAACAACAUCACCGCUCAUGGAUACCUUCUUUAGACAAAACAAAACAAGUAGUGGGAAAAGCUCGGACAGAGCUUUUCCCGGUGAUGAUAUUGAAAGAAUGACUUGUCCGCUCCAAUCUCAACUCAAAUCCACCGUGUCAAGCAAUAUGAAAAUGAGAGAGCCAUUCUCACUCAAAUCCACCGUAUCAAGUAAUAUGAAAAUGAGAUAAUCAUUCCCACUCAAAUCCGUCCUGCCAUGCAACAUGAAAAUGAGUCUCAGGAACUCAAAUAAAAAGGACAGAGCUGAUAACGUCAUGCAAAACGAAGAGCGAGUCUAAGCAUACAAGCCGUCAUCAAUUCUAAACGAGAGACAAAAAGAAAAGAAAGAGAGAGAGAAAGAGAUGGAGACUAAAAAACGAAUAAAACAAAAAGUAGCUGAUACUUUCAAAAGUAAAUGGCAAAGCCCGCCAUGUACAUUUCACAUCCCAUUCCAGUGAAACCGUCCGUCAAGAUAAAAGGAAAAAGUCCCACGUGUACCAUGAAAAGUGUACCAUGGAAAUAUAGACUCCAAAACCGGGGAGAAAGAGUGAGGCAAAGAGAAUGUGAGAGAAAAAACUCCAGAGUCGCUGCCACGCCAAAAGUUGUGUCCUUUGGUAGCAUUAGCAAAGCCUUGAUCAAUAUUCCGCCCGGAAUCUACCAUGACUCCUCGGGUAUCGCUGAAAACCAAAACAUACUCAAGUCCCAAAGCAAAUCUUUCGUCCUGAUGCCAAAAGUUACAUGAUUCUCUGUAACAUUCCAGAGUCAAAUACCACCAAGUGUGCCGUUAAAACCCAUAGCUGAUGUGCAGAUCCGUCUCUCCGGUAGCGCCUCCAAUGCCUCGUGGAUGAUGGAUUUCUCUCUUGGCCGUUGAACAAACAAGCACCGCCAAAAACAGCGCGAUGCGUUGGGUAUUUGGUCGGCCGUGACGAUCAAGGCUCAAGUGAGACCAUAUAACUGACUGUAGAGCAUUCGUAGCUCCAGGCGGGGAAAAGAGAAAGAGGGAUAAGAAAAUAAAAAGCUCCAUAGUAAACAAAUAACAAAAAAAAAGGAAAAAAGGAAAAACAGAAAAGAAAAGAGAAGAAAGAAAAAGAAGAAAGAAGAAAAAAAUACACACAAGUGUAUGUUCAAGUGUAUGUUCCCAGGGGCCUGUAACCGUUCCCAUAUUCCCGCUCUAGGAUGAUGCGAAAAAACAUAGCAAAAGAAAAAAAGAUGACAUUUUGUAUCCCGCUUCCCAGUUGAGCCACAAAGCCACAUUUCAAAAAAAAUUGAAAAUGGAGCAACAUUGCUGAAAGAUAUAUGUAAUGUAAAAAGAACAAGGUAAAGAUGUCGCCGGAAACUAGUGGGUGAAGAGCCUGCGUUCCGUAGGCGGGCGGUCGACCG